CCUGCCCGCCCAUUGAUCCGACCCUCGUCCUGGUUCUGCGACUCUGCGCCCUUCUCCGCACGAAGCUCUCAGCGGCCACAUCAGCUACAAGCAAUCGGCUUUGAACUGUGAAUUGCGCCCUACUUCGCCGACAGCCCGCAAAAGUCGCCGCGCUUCUGCUGUCGCUCUCCUCUCCCUCCCCUCGACACCAACUUCGACACCAACUCCUCAUAUUUCUACGCCGACCGUGCUGCCUCAGCACGCUGCAUCUGCCAACCUGGCUGCCAUCAAUUCCAAGACUUUUGGCGUAGCUUCUGACGCUGUGGCCGAGAUGGCCCAGCCGCCAAGUGGCAAGCCUGUGGUGGAGGAGGAAGAAGACUACGACUAUGAAUCUCUCCCGCCAAACUUUUCUCUGCUGCAGAACAUGGCUGCCGGAGCAUUUGCUGGCAUUGCUGAACACACCGUCAUGUAUCCGAUUGAUGCGAUAAAGACGCGAAUGCAAGUUCUCCAACCGCAUGGAACCACAGCACAUAACAGCGUUAUCCGAAAUACAUUUCACAUUACGCGAACCGAGGGUGUAUUCAGUUUAUGGCGCGGCAUGUCCAGUGUCAUAGUGGGAGCUGGUCCUGCCCACGCUGUUUACUUUGCGACGUAUGAAGCCGUCAAACAUGCCAUGGGUGGCAAUCAGGCUGGCGUACACCACCCUCUUGCUGCCGCUACAAGCGGUGCCGCAGCUACGAUUGCCAGCGAUGCUUUCAUGAAUCCAUUCGAUGUUAUCAAACAACGUAUGCAGAUGCAGGAGUCUCGAAAGAUGUAUCGCUCCAUGGUCGACUGCGCCAAGUACGUCUACCGAAACGAAGGCCUCGGUGCCUUCUACAUCUCCUACCCAACCACGCUCUCCAUGACCGUUCCCUUCACCGCGCUCCAAUUCCUCGCAUACGAAUCCAUCUCAACCACGAUGAACCCGGAAAAGACAUACGACCCCGUCACCCACUGUCUUGCCGGAGCCGUUGCCGGUGGCUUUGCCGCUGGUCUCACCACCCCCAUGGACGUUAUCAAGACGAUCCUACAAACGAGAGGCACAUCCUCCGAUCCGCAAGUCAGAAACGUCAGCGGCUUCACAGAUGGCUGCAAGCUACUGUAUAGGAGAGAGGGCUUCAGGGGCUUUUUCAAGGGCGUCAGGCCCAGAGUUGUCACAACGAUGCCAAGUACUGCUAUUUGCUGGUCCGCCUAUGAAUUUUCCAAAGCGUAUUUCAUUAAACGAAACGACAAUUUGUAAAGAAUAAUUGCGAUGAAUAGUAAUUAUAGAGAUUAUACCGAGUACAGAGCCAUAAGCUAUAAUUACACACAAUUUUUUUUUUCUAAAAAAAAAAGUUAAAGUAAAUAGACGAUGUUUGAAUAUAGUAUUUUCAGAUCAG